AUGGAGGCUAAUAACAUCACUGUAGUUACAGAAUUUAUUCUAUUAGCUUUUGAAGAGCUCAACCAAAUGCAUAUUCUGCUUUUUAGUAUAGUUUUAUUAAUAUACAGCACAUGUGUUUUCGGAAACAUUGUUAUAUUUUUACUAAUUACAUUUAAUCCAUCUCUUCAUACACCAAUGUACUUUUUUAUUCGUACAUUUACCAUUUUAGAAAUUGUAUUUGUUUCGGUCAUUGUCCCCAAGUUCUUAGAUAUCCUCAUUGCAGCUAACAGCAGGAUAUCGUUUAUUGCCUGUUUUAUACAGUUGUAUUGUGCAGACACUUCUGGUAUAGUUGAAUGUUACCUCCUCGCUGUGAUGGUCUUUGAUCGGUAUUUAGCCAUUACCAAUCCAUUGCAUUAUUCCACUAUAAUGAGCCAAGCCUGUACUAAACUUGCAGUGUUUCCAUGGGUUGUCGGCUUGGCGGGCUGUUCCAUACCUACCACCUUCACAGCCUGUUUGAAUUUCUGUGGUCCUAAUCUGAUCAAUCAUUUCUUCUGUGACUUGCCUCAACUGCAGAAAUUGGCAUGCUCUAAAUCUUACGUCAGUAAUCUGGUUACAAGCAUAACAGCCAUAUUUGUUGUGCUUCUUCCUUUCAUCAUAAUUAUAGGAUUCUAUACACAAAUCAUAAUCACUGUCUCAAAGAUUAAGAGUGUGGAGGGUAAACAGAAGGCCUUCUCCACCUGCACUUCUCACUUAAUGGUAACUAGUCUCUUUUUUGGUACAGGAAUCAUCGUAUAUGUCAGGCCAAAUGGCAGCCAGUAUGACAAAUUCCUAGCACUAACAUACACUGUUGUUACGCCAUUGUUGAAUCCUUUUAUUUAUACACUGAGAAACAAAGAUGUCAAGAAAAUUUUCUUUAAAUCAAUGAGGUUGUUCUUAAACCUGACAAUAACUAGAAGUGGACACAUUGAGAAAAGCUGCACUGUAAAAUCAAACUACUGA